AGCUUUUCUAACUUACGAUGCUGUCAGUUUAAAUCACAGCAUCAAGCUGGCUGCGUACGUACGCAGCCAUCGUGGGGUGAUGUUCAGUUGAAGGUGCAGUUUAAAAAAUAUGAAAAGAAUUCAAUCAGAACAAAGUAGGCUUUUUAUAAAAUUGAUUAAAUCGCAUCAUAUCUGUAAUUGUAAAAAUAGCUUAAAAUUAAACUUUAUUAGUUUACCAAAUCAUUUAGCAUCAAGGCUUAUAAAAAACGAGCAAUUGAGUCUAGUACGGCUAUAUUAAGCUUACAGCAUUAUAUAGGUGUCAUUACGACAAUUCUUGUGGCAAGGUUAAACCAUCGUACUGUUCGUAAGUUAAUCCUUCUACGCUAUAUUCCAGUUUAUUUCGUUCGUUCCAUUUCAUUUACUUGAUGUCUUAAACAGUUUAAUGAAUAAUUAUUGCACGUGAUAACACCUCUGGUCACCAAUAAUUAGACAAUCAUUAUUAAAUUGCUACUGAAACCCAACUAUAAACGGAAUAAUUACUAGACAAUUUGAAACAAAAUCGUUAAGCAAAUUAUGGUUUCAAGUUUAGUGUGCUUGAAAGCGGCCUUCGUUGAACAUGUUCCGCAAGAUUGUUCGAAUAUCCUUUGCGAUCCACGCUUUACUCAGUAUUCGUGCACAGGCCGAUCGACAAGAGCAAAUUUUAGAUUAUCUAACCAAUAUCACCCACAAUCUUCAGAUCCAACAUGCUGAAGUGUUUAAUUGCUGGCUACUACAGUUUUCCAACAAAUCUGUACUAUCAACGAUGCUGAACGACAUCGCACAGCGCCUGAAUAAUCAAGAUGUCAGUCUGUUGCAAGCGGACCAUCGGGGUCAGCAUGUUCCUACAUUCCGAGAGCCCAACUUGGUCAUAAUACUGUGGGGAAACCAACAGCAAACAUUUAACAACUUCUACACCAGCCAGUGGAUAGUGAACAUACCGCCCGAAUGUCCUACCAUUGUCCUGUUUGAACAUGAUGAAACUGGGACUGAUCAGCCAAGGAAAAUUGGAGAGUAUUUCCAAACGAGAUUGGUGUUCUACUUCAUAUUGAUCGCAAUCAACGAGGACGCCGUGUUCUGCUUUCGUUAUCAACCGUUACGCAUCACGAGUCACUCCGGCCUCCCCACGCUCGAUCAACUGUUCUUCGACCGGCUACAGACGAUGCAGUUCAAAAGUUUAGUGGCCGGAUACGUUAAGGAUUACUACACAUCCAUUUACUGUGAAAAGCUGCACGGUGAGGACACAAUGCUGUUUCUUCUCUUUGCUGAAACGCAACAACUAACACUUCAUUUGCAACAGCUUCGAUGCAACAGCAAUGAAUCUCUGGCCCAGUGUGUAUCGCGGUAUAAUCCGAUACAUUUGAUGCUAAAUCGAUAUUUUAUGGUGCAGUACGACAAAUUCGCCGUAAGUGGUGUAGCCAUGGAACAGUUCGCUAUUGCCACACCGAAGGGACGCUUGCUUACUGUGUGGGAAAUUAUGCUCAAACCAUUCCAGCAGUCUGCCUGGGGCAUGAUACUGGGCAUCCUUGUAACCUACCAGAUAAUCCAUCAGCUGAAGCCGACACUUUUCUCCAACAAUCUGCUAGCUUUGGCACUCUUUGGGUUUGAUAAGCGACAGCUAGUCCUUUCCAAAAGCAUCGAGAAAAUAACCGCUUGUGCAUUGAUCGUGCUAUUUUUCCAACUCAAGUGUGCGUACGAGGCAAAGCUUGUAUCGUACAUCACCGAAGCGCCACGUGUCCCAGACGCUAAGUCAGUUGAAGACUUGCGCGAACGCAACAUCACUGUACAUUAUAGAAGUUUCAAUAUUACGUUAGUGCAUAAACUACACGGUAUGGUCAAGUUCUACGGCAAAGAUCAAUUCGAAUUCGAUGGAAUAACGAUUGUGGAAAAUCGUGCUGCUCUGAUUACGAAAAAACUGUUUGCCGAUAACAUGGACGGCUACGGAACGCAAUACACACUACUGAGCGAAAAUGUGUACGAGGCUAUUCCGUUUUAUGUAUUUGGCGCCAAGUCCCUGCUGACCAACAUUCUGGAGUAUUUAAUUGCUGGCUACUACAGUUUUCCAACAAAUCUGUACUAUCAACGAUGCUGA